CUGUGGAUAUUUGACUCCUCUGUUCUCAGCACCAUGUCAAACGUCACAGAGUCCAUAUAUUCUAUAGAAAGAGGUUCUGUGCCAUUCAUCCUGGACUCCUGAAGGGGGGUACGCUUGUUUUUCAUCCGGUGCAGGAGAUGGCAAACUUUUUCUGAUGGUUUCAGCGCAGCUUUUGUAGGGUUUCCCGUUUUCUUCUGCAGGAUCUGGAACGGGAUCAACUUGAAAACCAAUCCGGUAACUCUGGGAUUAUCAUCGUCAGGGAUUAUUUUAAGGGGAGAAUAUGGCUGUGGGUUACGUCUACGCGCUGUGCGUCUGGAUAGGUUUGCUGCAUCCAUCGCUUGAAACCGGGUUUGUUUAUCGGUUUCCGGGGAUCACCGUGCAGCGGCACCGCAUCCAUCCCGAGCAGAGCACCGGUACCGGGUCGCCGGGAACCGGCUCCUCACAUAGGAACUGGUGUCAGUACACUGUUUCCAGGACAGUGACCUGUAAAGUGCACAAUGGGACUGAAACCACGGUGCAGAGGGUGAUGCAGGGCUGCCGGUGGCCUGGACCAUGCUCCAAAGUCAUCAGCUACAGAACCAUAAUCAAGCCAUCGUUUAAGAUUAUGUACAAGCAGAUCACAGCACUGGAGUGGAGGUGCUGCCCUGGUUUUGUGGGACUGGAGUGUCGUGAAGAAUGCAUGAACUGCACCAGUUUUAACGACAUGAGCAGCAGAAUAAAUGCCAUUGAAUCAAAGAUCAAACUGUUGGAGGAGGGUCGAUCAUCUUCGCCUGAAGCCAAAUUACCAGAUGGAUCGACAGGAAACGAGGUGGACACUCGUCGACCCACCUCACCACCGUACCUGCCACAAGUACCAGGAGCUAGGGGGGCACCGGGACCUGUUGGACCACCCGGACCUGCUGGACCAAGAGGAAUUCCAGGCCCUCCUGGAAGAACAGGAGAAAAGGGGGACAGAGGUCUCCCAGGUGAGACCGGGCGCCCCGGUCCUCCAGGUCUUCCUGGUCCACCAGGUCCUCCAGCGUCUGGUUCCUUUCCUUUACCUAUUCGGGGAGAUGUUUUUCAUCCAGAGAUGGAUCCCAACCAUCCAGUCCUCGCUGCUCCACAGAUUAGAGCUGGUCCCCCUGGACCAGCUGGUCCUGUCGGCCCCUCGGGGCCCCCUGGAGAAAGGGGACCAGCAGGGAUACCAGGUCUUCCAGGACAGAUGGGUAGGGAAGGUGUCCCAGGCAGACUGGGAAAUCCUGGACCUAAAGGAGAUCCAGGGGAAAGGGGGCCCCCCGGUGCCAGAGGCGAGCAGGGCCUACCUGGAUCACUGGGGCAAAAGGGAGAGCCUGGGUCGGGCUUGAGUGAGGGGGAAGCAGUGCAGCAGCUCCGAGAAGCCCUGAAGAUUCUGGCAGAGAGGGUCCUGAUCCUGGAGCACAUGAUUGGGAUUCACGAGAACUCUGAGGGAUCUGGAUUCGACAGCCUUUCAGACCCGCUGAGUUUCUUUGGCCUGAAGACAAAGCGUCGUCAACCCAUUCAAAGCUUUCCUCAGAUUUCAGAGCUGAACGGGCAGAGAAGGCUCCCUCUAUAAUGUUACUGUGUCAUUUUUCAUUUGUUUGAACGAUUGUAAGCAAAUAUUGCCAUUUCUUUUUAUAACUGGAGGUACUUUAUUUUUUUUUGCUAAGCUGUUCCUCACAUCGCUGUUCGUCAGAUUGAUACAUGUUUUCGUUUCUCUUUGACAGGAAUAAGCCCUGGUUUAAAACUUCUUUGUAGACGAGAGAUGUUGAACAUUUCCUCCUCAUUCAAUGAUUUAUUAACCUUUAUCACCCUGCUGCUGUCAUACACAGAAUAAUGUCCUAAAUUAAGAUGGAGGUUCUGGUUUGUUUCCUUCAUCAGAUAAAAGACUGAUCUGUAAAUGUAUCCCUUUUCCUGGGGCUUAUGUUGCAAAGCUUUGCAUUCUUGAAAGUUGAACACAGCUUUUUUUUUUUUCAGGGUUCUAUAAAUAUAUAUAUUUUUAUCUCUUUUGUGUUGUAUUUUAGUCUGUGGUAAUGAUAUUGUAAAGCCUUCCAAAGACAUCAGUGUGAUGUAAAGUAGAGCAAACAUCUGGAAGUCAGAGGAAAGUCAGAUUUUCAGGCCAAAACCUCGACUCGGCCCCGAUGCACCUGGAAGCUGAUAGAGCUGUAAACUUGACAGGAUUACUUUGACUUGUUUAAUAAACUGCCUCAGAAAUUUUUGUUCAGACUGAUGUGAUUUAUUGUACGAUUCGACUCUGAGAGACCCAGCCGUAGGUUUCUGAAUAAAACCCAUAUGGUGUCUGG